AUGGAUCAAUACAGAACGGGUACUGGACAAGCCGGAUUCAUCUCGGGAUUGGAGGACACGGCUGAUGAUGUAUUGCGAAAAACGAGGCACAUCUUGCCACAUAUCGCUCGCCUCUUUCUCAUCUCGACUUUCAUUGAGGACGGGAUUCGAAUGUGGUGGCAAUGGGAUGAUCAGAGACAAUUCAUGCAGGAAUCAUGGAACUGUGGCUGGUUUCUAGGGACGGUGUUUGUCGUCUACAAUUUCUUCGGACAAAUGAUUCCUGUUACGAUGAUUAUGUUGAGGAAAAAGGUGAUCGUUGCCGUUGCGAUUCUCACCUCAAUUGUGGUCCUUCAAACGAUCGCCUAUCACAUUUUGUGGGACAUGAAGUUUUUAGCUAGAAACAUUGCUGUUGGUGGCGGUCUUCUCUUUUUGUUGGCCGAGAGUCAAGAAGAGCAUCGAUCACUUUUCGCCGGAGUGCCCACAAUGGGUGACUCGAAUAAGCCGAAAAACUGGUUGAUGUUGGCCGGUCGUGUGUGCUUGAUUUUCAUGUUCCUUUCGCUUCUCCACUUCGAGAUGAGUUUCCUUCAGGUUGUCGAAGUGGUUGUUGGCUUUGCGUUGAUCACUCUUGUCACAAUCGGUUUCAAGACGAAACUCUCGGCGAUGACUCUUUCCGUUUGGUUGUUCGGAUUGAAUUUGUGGCUGAAUGCCUGGUGGAACGUUCCAUCUGAUCGGUUCUACCGUGACUUCAUGAAGUACGAUUUCUUCCAAACAAUGUCGGUUAUCGGUGGUCUUCUCUUGGUGAUCGCGUAUGGACCGGGUGGAGUAUCAGUUGAUGACUACAAGAAAAGAUGG